GUCUGGCUUCUGGCGGGACAAGGCGUCAAAAACUGAAUCCAUCCGACUACGCUUUCUUUGCCUCGCUUCCACUUCCCACACACCCUCCUUCUCCAUAAUACCUUUCCACCACGUCAAUCACCACCACACCGGCUCUCGAUCCCAUCACCCGGAUCGCAACACCAACGCAAGCCGCCGCCCAAAGGCACAUUUAGUUGCACGAGGCGCACCGCAUUCUAUUCUCUUCCACCUGUCCACUUUCUUUUGUCUAGUUCUCCCGGGAAACGGCCCCUCCUCCAUCCCCCUACUGGACUGGCUGCCCUCGAGAGACGCGACACGCCCACCACUCCGCUACCCACCCACUCGUCUUGACGACCACACAAUUUCCACAUACACAUCUCAGCAAUGUCUGAGGUACAGAGCAGACCCGUCGCCGCGCGCGGCAGAGGCUCCGGCCGCGGUGGCCGGGGCGGUCUUUCGACUCGGGGAGGUCGCAGCGCGACCAGGACCAACGGCGAUUCCACAGAGUCGUCGUCGCUGCCAUCUCUAGAGGACGAGGGCGAGAUUGGCCAGCUUAGGAAGCAAUAUGGCAGCAAAGUUGCCAUCAUCAAGGAGAUGUUCCCCGACUGGUCGGACGUCGAUGUUCUAUUUGCUCUCAACGAGACAGACGGUGACGAAUCCCUCGCUGUCACCCGGAUUGCUGAAGGAACCAUCUCGCAAUGGGGCGAGGUAACCAAGCCCAAGAAGGUGUCCAAGCCCAAGACGAAGACCGAUACUUUCACAUCCACUCCUGCCGAUUCCUUCGCUGGAUCCACGAGACCUGUUAGAGGCGGCCGCGUAGACAGCGGACGUGGACGUAGCAGGGCCACCGAGCGAGGCGGUCGGGGCGGUGGCCGCGGCAAGCCCCUCAACGCAACGAUCAACGGCCACAAGAACAAGGAGAGCGAGCAGCUUUCAGUUCCUACCGAAGAGGCCAACGUAUGGGGUGCUCCCAAGCCCACCGAAGAGGCGAGUGGAUGGCCCGAGGAGAGCUCGCCUUCCGCCGAGAUUCCUGCCGCCGCGCCUGCUCCCGUUGCUCCCAAGCCCGUUGAGCCAGCGCAGAAGACCUGGGCUAGCAUGUUGAGACAGUCUGUGCCGAAGCCUACCCCCAAGCCGAAGGAGGUCGCUCCUCCCAAGCCUGCCGAGCCCGUUAUCGAGCCUCUCCCGCCCGCCGCCGAACCUACCCCUGUUGAGCCUGAGGUCCAGGCUGAACCUGAAGCUGAGCCCGAAGUCCCACAACCCGUCGAGGAACCUACGCCCGAGCCUGCUAAGAAGGAGGCUCCUCCUCCUCCUCCCCCCGCCGUGCCCGCGCUGCCUAUUGUACCUAUCGAGCCUGCCCUCCCCGCCAUCCCUGUUGUUCCCGAAGUCGCUUUGAAGCCGUCCAAGGAUCAACUUACCGAAACGAAUCUCGAACAAGUUGCCGAUGAUUCCCACCCUCCAGAGACCGAGACUGCUGCGAGCGAAGCUGCCGACUCUUGGGAUCCCCGGGCCCAGGGCCCCAGCGCUACUGCGACCCCCAACUCCGCGUCUCAGCAGCAACAUCAGACCUCCCGCGCCCCUGGCAGUGGCUUUGCUACGACUGCUUCCAAGGCCACUGAUCGCACAUCUACUCGUACCCCUACCUAUGCUCGCCGAAUCCUUGACCAGCAGGAGCCUGUCCGCAUGCCUGGUAACCGUGACCAGGUUGACCGUGCCGCCGUUCAGUUCGGCGCUUUCAGCUUGAACGAGGAGGAUGACAUUGAUGGUGACCGUGAGGAGCCCGAGACUCGUCCUCAGCCUCCUCAGGACUCUCCUGUUACCCAGCCUCGCGCUUCUCUUCCUCCUGCGCAGCCUGCCCCGGUUCCUGAGACCUUCGCUGCCCAGAAGCCUGCGGCCUCGCUCCCCCCUACGGGCCCUGCCGCCACUACCGCUACCGCACCCCCUACGGCCCCGACCCAGCCUGCUGCCGCCGCGGCCGCUUCUCAGGCUACGCAACCCCCUACUGCGCCAAGCACUCAGCAGUUCGGCCGCUUCGGCCAGCCUGCGCCCCAAGAGCCCGCUCCUUUUGGCGCUUCCAAGCCUUUCGAUGCUUUCGGCCAACAGCCUGGUGCUGUGGCUGCUCAAACCCAGUACGAGACUGGCUUCCCCGUUCAGGGCCAAGUAGCGCAAACCCAGAACCAGCAGCAGCCCGUCGGCGCAUUCAGCUCGGCUCCCAGUGAUUACUCUCAGUACUACACCGCUGAUCAGAGCCGCUACAACUACUACGGCCAAAACAACUUUGGCCAGCAACAGGGCGCUCAAGGACAGCAAGACGGUCUGUCUCAGCCCCAGCGCGGCUUUGGAUAUAACGCGCCCCAGGCCGAUAACCUUAGCCAGUAUCCUCAGAGCGGCGCUCAGCAUACUCAGAAUCGCUUCGGUUCUGGCUCUGAUAUGGCCGGUACUCCUACCCCUAACCAGGCUGGCACCCAGGCCCAGACUGCUCAGACCACCCAGGCCCAGACUCACGGCCAGCAACAGCCGCAUGAUCAGUAUGGCCCCUAUGGCAGCCAUCCUUACUACUCUAACCCUUACUACUCUGCGUACAUGAACUACAACGGGUACAACCAGGGCGCUUACGGCGCUCCUUAUGGAAAGGGCGGGCUUGGUUACCAGCCCAACCAGUAUGGCAUGUCUCCCCAGGCCCCUCAUGGAUACGCUUCCUCCCCUGCCGGUUUUGGACAGUCCACUCUCCACCGUGAGACUGGCGUUGGAGCCGGUGGUCUGAACGACUAUGGUCGCACCGCUUCCGGCCAGUCUGCUCAGCAGCAAGGUCUCGGUGGCAGCGGCUUCGGUGGAAUGCACGAUGCUUUUGGUCGUGGUGGCUCCAGCUACCAGUCCCAGGCCGGCCAGUCCUUCAAUGCUCCUGGAACUCAGCCAGGUGCCGGUCCUUCGGCCUCUGAUGACCUGAAGCCUUUCGGCGACUCCAAGGCUGCUUCCGGACCUAGCCCUGCCCUUGGCGGUGCCGCUCGUCCUGGCUCUGCUACCAACAAUGCUCCCUCUCAGAGCGGCCUCCCCCCUCCGCAGUCGAACCAACAGAGCGGUCUCGGUGGUAUGGGAUCUUACGGCUACCCCAACCAUCUCCAGGGACAUGGUCUCCAUAACCAGACCGGUUCUGGUUACGGCAUGGGCGCCACCGGCACCCAGGGUCACCAGAACACCUACGGUGGUUAUGGCGGACAAGGUUUCGGCGGGGGCUACUAUGGCAACCCUCCACGUGGCGGCUGGGGUAACAACUACCACUAGCGGAGGAAACCCAGACCAGACAUUGUGGGUCACUAGGGCCGCGCAGGAUCAGAGCAGGAUGUGGCAGGACAAGAAGAAGCCUCGCGCGUUUCUGCACACAUAAGCAAAUAUCGUUUAGCGUUAUUGAUGGGAUUCACCCCUCUCUCUCCGAGACUCAUACUAUCAUCUCUGUGUACGAUUUUUAACUACAACCGCAAAGGGACAUGGCGUAUUGACGAAACUCUAUUUUGGCUGAUGGUGGGAUGGAUUGUCUCUUCAUAAAUUGCUUCGUCUUGUUUGUUGUGUGGGUUUUUCUCGGUUAUGCAGUUUUCUUAUUCUUUUCCUUUUUUUCUCAAGAGAAACUCAUGUUUUUUUUUAACUCUCUCCAAGUCAUUGCGUGGGAUCCAAAGGGCAUGUCAUGAGAUUGGUGGGCAUCAUGAAAAACUCUACGUUGGUUUUUGCUAAAAGACAGCAUCAACAAACUUUACUGGUUCUCUGUUCUGUGUCUUUUUUUCCCCUCUUCUCCAAAACAGAGGCUUUUGUUUAUGGGUCCAAUGAUCAAAUUAUGAGAAUUUGUGAAAUGGGAUAACGGGGGAAGGGGAAAAAGGGGGGGGAUAAAGGAUGAAAAAGCGGGCGGCUCGGCUCAAAGCAAAAAGGAACAGGAAAUGAACAACAUGGAAAAAUGCAUGAUCAUUGUCACCAUCGGAUUCUCUCGUGUGUGUUCUUGCUGCAAGCAAAGAGGGAAGGAGUGAAUCGAUAAGAAAUGAAUUCAAAGAGAUGAUGAUAUAAGUUGAUGAUAGCGAGACUGUGUCAGUGUCCAUGAACGCCCGGCUUUUGCAUCUCCUGCUCAGUUAGUAC